AAAGAGAAGAGGAUGGAUGGAAGGCGAGCAAAGCAAAGAAGCUGUUAGUGGGCUUCCUUCUUCGUCCUCCUACAUUCCCUCUUCUUCCCUUUCCCCCUCCAUUAGUACUAAGUACUAACUCUAGUUUCUCUCUCUAGUUAGUUAGUUUGGUAGAAAAUUAGGUAGGCUUUUAGCAUCAGGUUGGUAGAAAUUCGAAUCCCUCUGCGUGGACACGUAGCGGGGAGAGGAAAAAAAUCGAAGCUUUUCAUGACUGCAGCCAUCGCCGCAGAUGGCCACCAAGCGCGCGUACAAGCUCCGUAUCCUCGAUUCUUCUUGCCGCUUGAAUCCUCGGUUUGGGAGUUUUAGAUUAAAUUUGAGUUCUUUUUUUGGGUCGAGUUGUUCUUGCCCUGCCUGCUUAUCGUUGUAUGUAAUCUAGGUUUCUGAUCGAGUUGGGGGGAGUCCGCGUGUGGUGAUCGGUUUCGAUCUGCGCUCAUGUUAUUUUCUUUGUGCUGUUCUUGGUUUGAUGAUUGGGUUUAUCGCGGUACGCUGCUGGGAUUGAUUUGGUACGAAUUCCAAUGAGAUGAGACGAUUUGAGACCAUGUGAACUCUACUGUUCAGCUCUAGCAGAUCUUCCUUUUGUAUGCGUGUGCAAGUAUUAUGUAGUUCUCUGCUUAAAGCCAGACUAAAUUUUGCUGUUUUUUUUUUUUGCCGGAAUGACCGAAGGAGGUCAUUCAAUGUAAUUAAGACGGAAGAAAAGAUUACAAGAAAAGUUUUACAUCGACAGUUGGCUGUCGAGAAAGGAUGUGCACCAGAGCACACGCCCCGAACCAUGUGCCAACCGCCUAAACACACGCUACAGAGAGGGAAGUCCGUUACCCAAUCCGAAUCCACCAUCUGAACAUCGGCGGCACAUGGCUUCCGCCACACCCGAACUGACGCCCCUCCGUCGGCCGACUUCAUCGAACCACCAUCCCUGAGAGCUGACCCAGGACCCCUCCGUUCAACCACCCACCGGCCUCCUCGCCAGAUCUGGCCGAAGGAGAACCUGGGACUAGGUGGCAUUGCUUCAGCAGCCUGAGCUUCCCCCACUGACAAGCUGCCGCCUCAAUCCAGCUUAGAAACUCCCCACAAAGAAGGGGAGGAGCUCUAGGAAGGGCGAGGGUGCCGAUCGACAACGAGGAAAACGACCAACCGCCGCCAACUCCCUUUGCAUUGCCAUCUGGGCCUGCACCAAUGCCAGAAACGCUGCCGCUCCGGCUCCGGUGCCACCCGCCGGCGCCCCCUUUGUCCGGCCUCCUUGCCCCACCUAGCCGUGCCGCGCCGCUACUGGCCGCUAAGGGCACCGCGGCAGCCCAGCUGCCCGACCGUCGAGGCCUAGCCACGCCAUAGGGCCCGGCGGCAGCGAAGGCAGAGGCGGGGGCGGGGGAGGCGGCAGGGUGUUGACCAGCUUCCGCCGCCGCUCCCAACCGCCGCCGCCGCCGCCGCACGGUUCGGCCGCACGCCGCCGCCAUGCACCUCGACGGCAUCCGCAUCCGCGUCCAGGCCGGCACCGCCGCCACGCAACCGGAGCCGCCACCGCCGCCGAGCUGCCACCGUCGCCGAGCCGCGACAGCGCCGCCGAGGCGCCACCGCCGCCCCUAGCCGCCUCGCGCCGAGAUUCAGGCGAGGAUGGCCGGAUCCGGACUUGGGGACUCCGGAUCCGCCGCCUCCCCGCACCGCCCCAACAUCGACGUCGCCAACUCCGACCGCGGUGGGGGUCUUCGUUUGUUUUAGUUCGAGAGAAUAAAGACUAUUAUUAGUGAAGUUUUAUUUCAAAAAUAAAUAUUAGUUAGAGCAUUGAGUUGUCAUCUUACAAAAAUUGACUCCUGUAUUAUCUUCUGCUUGGAUAGUUUCUGCUGCAAAUAGGAUCACACUAGGGUCAGAUGCUGACACUUACCAUGAGAAAAAAUUGGAUGGAUGAAUUAAUCAAUACAAAAUCUUCAAAUAUUUAUUAUGUGUAGCUCUUUUCUUUAAGAAUUUAGAUGGUGAGAUAUCAUGGAUAAUACAUUCACUGAAAUGAACAUGGUUUAACCCGAAAAGCAUUGUUAUGUCAGUAAAUUGCGUUACCUUGUUGAAAUGUAUAUUUUGAAAUACCCUUCCAAAAAAGUGAUUUUCUGAAGCAACACUGAAAAUUGCCCAAAUGCCAAAUGGUAAUCUACAACAGCCAACCAUGUUUCCUUGACAAUGGCCAGAGGAGUUUGUUGCGCAUGCUUCCGAUGUCAACUGUGUCAAGUUUGGGAGGAAGACAUCAAGAAUCCUCAUCACUGGUGGGGAGGACCAAAAGGUCAAUCUUUGGGCCAUAGGGAAACCCAGUUCCAUCUUGGUAAUAUUCCACUGGCCUCUGAAAGGUCAAUCGUUCAUGUAGCCUGUCAGGCCUUACGAGUCCAGUUGAGUCAGUGAGCUUUGACUCAUCUGAAGCUAUGAUAGGUGCUGGAGCAUCAAGUGGGACAAUAAAGAUAUGGGAUGUAGAUGAAGCAAAAGUCGUUCGUACUUUUACUGGACAUAGAUCGAGUUGUGCGUCCCUUGAUUUCCAUCCUUUUGGAGAAUUCUUCGCUUCUGGGUCUUCAGACACUAACAUGAAAAUAUGGGAUAUGCGGAAAAAGGGAUGCAUUCACACAUAUAAAGGUCACACACGGCGGAUUGAUGUGCUUAGAUUCACUCCUGAUGGCCGGUGGAUUGUCUCUGGUGGAUCUGAUAACUCUGUAAAGAUCUGGGAUUUGACAGCUGGAAAGCUCUUGCAUGACUUUAGGAAUCAUGAAGGCCCAAUUAACUGCUUAGAUUUUCACCCCCAUGAGUUCUUAUUGGCUACAGGUUCAGCUGAUAAGACAGUUAAGUUUUGGGACCUUGAAACUUUUGAGUUGAUUGGUUCUUCUGGACCUGAGAAUAGCCGGGAAUACUUUGUGCCAGCUAGUGUAGUUCGGUCUAUGACAUUCAACAAAGAUGGUAAAUCACUUUUUUGCGGAUUACAUGAAAGUUUGAAGGUUCUUUCCUGGGAACCCAUCAUAUGCCAUGAUGUGGUUGAUGUUGGCUGGUCCACAUUAGGGGAUCUAAUUGUUCAUGAGGGAAAACUUCUUGGUUGCUCAUAUAACCAAAGUUGUGCUGGAAUAUGGGUCGUGGACUUGAUGAAAAUUGAACCGUAUGCUGUUAGCAUUGCUGAAGCACAUUUGAAUGAAAGCGUAAAUAGGUCAAUACAGGCUGAUAAUAGCAUAUCAUCAGUGUUGGGAAGGUUAUCAGUUUCCAGAAGCCCAGCCAAGGAAGCAUCUUCCGAUACUUUGCUUAAACUCUCAAUGUCUGCUUCAAAAGAAGUUCCUGUUCCAGCUUCUUCUGCAGUGACAAAGAAACUACCAAAAGAACCUAUAACAAGCAAUAUUCGGCUCACAAGAUCUGAUUCUCUACCAGUUGUUUCUCCUAGGGUUAGAUUGAACCCAAAGUUCUCUGAUGACCAGAAGAGGCAGACAGAUUAUGCUGUGCCUAUAACAACUCCAAGAAUUCGCUCCAAAGUGGAUCUCUCUAUAGGUGCUAGAGCAUUCCAUCGUAACUCAGUACCAUCGGUUGCUCCCACAAAUAGAUCCAGGUCCAAAAUAUCUGCAUAUAGUAGUGAAGGAUCGUCGUUCAUCCCUGUUGUUGUCCCUAGGCAUAUCCCUAAAGUGGAUUCUGGUCCCAAUCUCAGUAAAGUUCUCACUACUGAUUUAACAAUUGUCGAGCCUCAAGACAUAGAACGAGGUGGUCUGGCUGUGGAUUGUGGAGAAGAUGAUAAAUUGGUGUGUGUGAUUGAUUCAAGGAGCUCAAAUAUGGGUGUACAAAAUGGCCGUAGAAGAAAAGCCGGUGAUAUUAUUACACAUAAAGAAACCCCAGAGACUGCUUUGACAGUUAAUAUGGAUCGUGACUUCAGAAGAAAGGCUCCUGAAACUGAAAGUAUGCAACAGGACAUAUUUCAUUCAGAGCCCAUUAGUUCAAAAUGUAAAUAUAUUAAAGAAACUUCAGGUGCUGGAGACAUUAACUUGUCUGGGUCAGCCAUUACUGAAAGUGUCAAGUCUAAUGAAGGUGGUGACUGGUAUAAUGCAUCUUCUUUUGUAAAACCAAAUUUGACUGUUGGAAGGAAUCCAGAGACUUCAUACAUCAACAGAAGAACAAUGUUUGGAUUGAGACAUUCAACGGAUUCAAGUGAAAAACACGCUGUUGAACAUGGGCCUUCCAAUUUGUCUGCAAGUUAUGAGAGAAAUCAGUAUGCACCAACACUACAUAACUUGAGGAGGCGCUCUUCGGUUGCUAGAGAACAGAGUGCAUCAGCUGGUGAUGAAGAUGAUAUUGCUGAUCUGAUGGAAAACCAUCAAGAAUUCAUUCAUGCAGUGAAGUCUCGGCUAACAAAACUAGAGGUGGUUUACAGGUGUUGGCACAAUAACGAUGUAAAGGGAUCUAUUGAUGCUACACGCAGGAUUCAGGAUCUUGAUGUUACCGCCGAUAUAAUUAGUGUUCUGAUGGAGAAUGAUAAUUCUAUCACACUAGAUAUUUGUACUUGUGUCUUACCUCUUGCCUCCAGUGUUCUUGAAAAAAGCAGCUAUGACAGGCACCUGAAAGUUGCCUUGGAGAUGAUCCUUAAGCUUGUGAAAAGCUUUGGUUCUACAAUAUCUUCAGCUGUGUCAUCUACUCCACCAGUUGGUGUAGACAUUGAGGCAGAACAGAGGCUCAAUCGGUGCAAUUUGUGCUUUCUAGAGCUGAUAAAAGUUCACAGCGUUCUCUUUGCCCUGACACGGCGGCAAGGCGAGGUUGGAAGAUCUGCACAGGAGCUAAGCCUCUUUCUUCAGGAUAUCUUUCAGCUGACAAGCAGAUAGAUGAUAUGAUAGCCAUACGGCGAUAUUUCGCCCAAAUACUCAUCUUUUUUCCUUGGAACAGAUAGACAGCUAUAGAGAAAGAUAUAGAUAGGAAACAUACAGGUCAUCCUUGGCAAAUGUACAGCAAAUUCUUGUACCAUCCGGUUUGCAAUCAAAUACUAGUCAACAAAAAUUCAAAAAUCUCUGCAAGUUCAGAGUUAUAUAAUUACAGGGCAACAGUACUGCAACAAAGCAGGUACCAAAUAUAGUUUUUCUUUUCCCAUCA